AUGCUCGCUAAAGCCAACAAGAGCUACGAGGCUAACCAGCCUCCGCCCUCGCAGCGCAGCUCCAAGGGCGGCGAGCUCGCGAAGCAACUCUUCCCGUCCAGCAGCCCGAGUCAACCCCCUUCGGACAUUCGCGAUCAACUCAAGUGGCGUGGACCUCCGCGCUUUCUAGACUCGUCGCCCUCGACUGCCCGUGCCAGCCGACCGCAAUGCGAGCAGUCAGGCGACAAGCCAACUAAGGACAAUGGCGCUGCAAGUGGCGGCAGAGCAGGCAAGGGGUCUUUGGCUUCUCUUUACCGCAACUCCUCUUCUUCUUUCCAGGCGAGUGUCAUUGACUUGACAGCGGACGACACCACCAAAACUCGACAGCCAGAAGUCUUUUUCGUCGAGGACGACUUCAGCGACGACGACGAUUUGGAUCUCGAUUUUAAAGUGCCAUUGGCCGUAUCGCCGUCCAAAGUCACGUCGAUUUCUCAAUUUACGGCCCCGAAAGAGAAAAUUACGCCGAUUUCUAGAUUUGCAGCACCGCAGUCGUCAGAGCAAGCGAUUCCCUGGUCGUCAUCGCCGGCCUCACACUUUCUACCACCACAGCAACCUCGGAACGAGUCGACCCUGUCAGGGAGCAGUAACUCUCUGAAACGGGAAUCGCCAGAAGCUGAUGACGACUGUUUUGAGACGCCAGCACCUAAGAAGACUAAGAAACGAGCGCUUCCUGCCGCUUGGCGGCGAGACAAGGCCUUAGAAGAAGAGUCUCUGAACGCAAAGCCCGAGACACCAGCAGAAAAGGCACAAGCCCGAGGCCUCUGGGACCCGUCCGCCAGCGCUAUUAAGGAACAAAAGAAACAGCUCAAGAACCAGAGAAGCACAAAGCAGGAAGUAUCAGAGGCCGAAGCUUCGGCGGAUCUUCCUCCACCUGACCCGUCGACCCUCCCCGUGCAACGUUCAGCAGCCAUUUCGCUGAGUAGCGAACAGCGACACGUACUGGAUCUUGUCGUCGAGCAAGGGCAAAGCGUCUUCUUCACCGGACCUGCUGGUACAGGUAAAUCGGUGUUGAUGAGAGCCAUCAUCAGCGAAUUAAAAGCCAAGUAUGCACGGGAAUCAGAGCGCGUAGCAGUGACUGCGUCAACAGGCCUCGCUGCAUGCAACAUUGGUGGCGUCACGCUGCACAGCUUCUCGGGCAUCGGGUUGGGCAAAGAAGACGCUUCCGUCCUGGUCAAGAAAGUGCGAAGAAACCCAAAAGCCAAGAACCGAUGGCUGAAGUGCAAAGUUCUCAUCAUUGAUGAAAUCUCCAUGGUGGACGGAGAUUUAUUCGAUAAGCUGUCCCAGAUUGGCCGCACAAUACGCAACAAUGGGCGACCGUGGGGAGGAAUUCAGCUUGUCAUUACUGGAGAUUUUUUCCAGCUUCCACCGGUGCCUGAUGACUCAAAGGUCGCGGCGAAAUUUGCAUUUGAUGCUGCAACAUGGACUACGUCGAUAGAACACACGAUUGGGCUGACUCAAGUAUUCCGUCAGCGUGAUCCGGAUUUUGCCCGUAUGCUCAACGAAAUGCGACUGGGCAAGAUUACGGACGAAACGGUGGAAGCCUUCAAGGCUCUUGAGAGACCACUCAACUUUGACGAUGGCGUCGAUUCUGCAGAACUUUUCCCUUUACGUGCGCAAGUAGAAGGAUCGAACGAGAAGCGACUACGAGACUUGCCUGGUGAGAUUCACCGAUUUGGGGCUGCCGAUUCAGGAGACCCAGCGAUCAAAGAGAGGCUGCUCGCGAACAUGAUGGCUCCCAAGUCAAUUGAUCUGAAGCUCAAUGCGCAGGUCAUGCUUAUCAAGAACUUGGAUGCAUCACUGGUGAACGGGUCUCUUGGCCGUGUGAUUGGAUUCUCGGAUGAGCGAACAUUUGAGAUGGGCGGAGGUAUACCGGAUGAUCCGACAAUGGAUGCCGCGUUCAACAAGGCCCGAAAGAAGCUGAGCAGUUUCAGCCGCGAUUCUGAGUUGAUAUCAAAUUCCAAGAAGCAGUUCCCCGUGGUGCAGUUUGUGUCGGCAUCGGGUAUGCCGCGCGUCAUUCUCUGCCAGCCGGAAGAGUGGAAGGUUGAGCUGCCCAAUGGCGAGGUGCAAGCGAAGAGAACCCAGCUGCCGUUAAUUCUGGCCUGGGCACUGUCGAUCCACAAGGCGCAGGGCCAAACGCUGGAACGAGUCACGGUCAACCUGAGCAGGGUGUUUGAAAAGGGACAGGCGUACGUGGCGCUGUCUCGAGCGACUUGCCAGGACGGCCUGCGCGUGAUAGGCUUUGACAGGCACAAGGUGAUGGCACACCCGAAGGUGGUGGAAUUUUAUGGUAAGCUGUAUUCGGCGGCUGAGGCCGGCACGCGACGAGGACCGAGCUCGAUAUUAGACUUUGUCGCAGCUAGAAGAGGCGUCUAG